AUGAGCAGAAAACAUUCAAGAAAUAGUGAUCUUUUGGCACAGCUCGGUGAACCACUCCCGCUACCCUACAAGCCACAACAGACGCUGCUGCUGCUAAAAGAUGAAGAUUCCUCAGACACUAUAUUGAGACAUGAGCCUGUAAGAAGUGUUUCAGAACAACCUAUAAGGCGUAGGCUAUUUUCCUCUGGAUACCCUAAUGACUCACGAUUGAGUGAACCAGAAGCACUGCCGCCUGCGCCGCCUACGUUACCACUUUGGCGGAGGAAGUAUAGCAUUGACAAGACGCCUGUCGAGCCUAGUCCUUCCCAGGCUGCAUUGGACACUAUAGAGCAAAAGAUAGAGGAGCUACGAAACAGUUGUGGAAGUAAUGAGCAGAUCGAUAAGAAAAUCGAAGGAAAACUUCGAACUAUUGAAUCUGACUUGGAUAAACUAAUAGAGGAAUCGAGAGAGGCUAGUAUACUAGAGGAGCUUGAAAAACUACAGCAGCUCUCUAAGCCUUUGCAUGAGAGCCAAAAGCGUUCUCUUAAUCCCAAACUAGUGGCAGCUGGCGUUGUAUUAUUAGUUCUAUUUGGAACAGUGUCGUUCUGGCUAGGGCACAUGUCUUAUGAAUACUGCUACUAUUGGUGCUAA